AUGAUACAGCGCACAUUCCCGAUGAUAUCUUUCCUCGAUCUGCCGGGCGAGAUCCGGCUCAUUAUUUAUGCUUAUUCGCUGAACCCAAACGAGUACGUCGGUGGCUACCGAAAGAUAGAAGAUCUACUCGCGGCAGAGACGGAUCGUACUCGCGGUCCCAUGUGCACAUAUCCACGACCUCAUGUGAAGUGUUACACCCCGUCGAUUCUUCUAUUAAACAGGCAAAUCACCAUGGAGGCUCUUCAUGUUUUGUAUAGAAUACCACUCAACCUCUAUGGCACGCCCAGCACAUACUUCACGAUGCGCCAAAUGGAUAUCACGGAGUUCAUCAGCGAGCAUCUACUUCAGCAGAUUCAUCACGGUGUUUUGAGACUGGAUUGUGCCAGCAAGAACUUUGUAUUACCACUUCUCGACAUCUGGUGCGAAAAUAACUGCUUGGAGUCGCUGGUUGUGUACCGCCCCAAGGGGACUCCAAUGCCCCGUCAUCAUUGGCAUAUUGUAAAAAGCAGGCUCCGGACAUUUUCAACGAUUGUCCCAGUUGUGUUUCACAAGGUGGAUUCUCCGCUCAGGGCAAAUGCUAUCAAGAGCAUGGGAUAG